GCCGUGUCCGGGUGCAACCCCAAGGAAUGGCCGCCUCUCUCCGCCUGCGGGGGGCCCUGGCGCUGGUCACAGGGGGCGCGAGUGGCAUUGGCCGCGCCGUCUGCGCCCGCCUGGCCCGGGAAGGCGCCCUGGUGGCCGUGGCCGACCGCAAUGAAGCCGGGGCGGCUGAGACGCUGCGGGGGCUCCAGGCGGGGGACCAUCGGGCCUGGGUGGCCGACGUGGGACGCUCCGAGGACGUGGCGGAGCUCAUGGGCCAGAUCCAGGCCCAUUACUCCCGGCCUGCCAGCGUCUGCGUCAACUGCGCCGGCAUCACUAUGGACGAGUUCCUGCUCAAGCAGACCGAAGAGGCCUUCGAUGCCGUUCUCAGGGUGAAUCUCAAGGGAACCUUUCUGGUGACGCAGGCUGCGGCCCGGGCCCUGGUGGCGAGCGGCGCGUCCAGCGGCUCCAUCAUCAACGUGGGCAGCAUUGUCGGGAAGGUGGGGAACCUGGGGCAAGUGAACUACGCUGCCUCCAAGGCCGGGGUGGAGGCGCUGACAAAGACGGCGGCCAAGGAGCUGGCCAGGUACGGGAUUCGCUGCAACACGGUCCUACCGGGAUUCGUCCGCUCCCCCAUGACAGACAAAGUGCCCCAAAAAGUGCUGGACAAGUUUGCGGCGAUGGUGCCCCUGGGACGCCUCGGGGAGCCGGAAGAAGUUGCCGAUGUGUGCGCUUUCCUGGCCUCCGACGACAGCCGAUACAUCACCGGAGCCAGCGUGGAGGUAACAGGAGGCCUCUUCAUCUGACGCAUCCGUGCCUGGAGCCCCCUCACACACACACUCCGAGUGUGAGACUCUUGGGAUGACACUCCUGGACGCCCCGCGAAGGAAGGACGGUGGAAACGCCGCCCUGGGCGCCGCUUGAAGUCGGGGCAGGUGCCUUUCGGCGGAAGAGGGGAGGAGCCAGAAGCCGGACUCCUGGGUUCUCUGCGAAGGGGGGAGGGCGGCUGCGGCCCGGAACGAAGGCCAGACCCCGGCCCGGAUGUCCACCGUCAAGGAAAGGGGGCUUCUGCCUGACCAGCCAGCCACCUUGAAUCGCUGAGCAGAAGGCUGUGGUUGGUCCGUCUUCUGUCUGACUGACUGACUGAUUGAUUGAUUGAUUGAUUGAUAGGUAGAACUUCAAAUAAAUGAGUCUUUGA